AUGGGGGUGAAGCUGGAGGUAUAUUGGAAGUUGCUCUACCUCAUUUUUCCCCUGGUUAUGUUUUGGAUCUCCAACCAGGCAGAAUGAUUUGAGGAUGUUUUCUAGCACAAGAGGGAGGCAUGGCCACGAGAGAAGGAAGGUCAGUGCCAGGAGCUAGAAGAAUUCAAACAGAAGAUCCAGAAGCAGAGGGAACAGAGACUUCUCCAAGCUGCCUAG